AUGUUCAAAGGGCUCACCACUCCACCUGCUUCUCCAGAGAAGCAACAGAGGAAAUAUAUAGGCGUAGGGGUACGCCAGCCGUUCGAAGCAGUGAGCAGCAGUGUGACAAACAUCGAUACGACCGAAGAAGCACAUGAGGACUUGAAACCGAAGAGAUUGGCAUUUGGAUCGGAGCCUUUGACUUCGAAAACCAAGUCGCUGUUGCAACAGUCUUCUGUUGCAACUUGUGAGAAUUCGUGGCUCGUAACCAGGGAGUCAGAGUACCGCGAUAUCAUUGAAUUCCUGCAGGGUUCAAUUGGAAUGAAGGACUCCAACGAGAACUCACUGUACAUCACUGGGCCUCCAGGAACGGGCAAGACGGCUCAGCUAGAUAUCAUUUUGAGAGAUAAGUUCCAAGAGAUUGUGCUGGGCCCAGCAAGAGCCACAUUGCCUAAACACGACUCUGAUUUGACAAAUGUAUCAUAUUUUGAAACACAACCGGAUGUGUUUCAGCCCGUAGCAGUCGCCAAGAUCAACUGUAUUGCACUCGCAAAGCCCGAGACGAUUUUCCAGAAACUAAUAACAGAGUUCACCAAUACACGCAGCCCAGCUUUCCACACAGGCGCCAGCUCAACAGUGAAGACGUUGGAAGAGUUUUGUAGAUCGAAACCAAGCACACAUUUCGUCAUGAUACUAGAUGAAAUGGAUAAACUGAUCAAUGGAAACGGUUCUGGGGCAUCAAAAACGAAGACUAUCCUCGAUCUCUUCUUAUUGGCAAAAGAGCCUAGCAUUAAUGUAACCGUCAUUGGUAUAGCUAACAGCAUUGACCUGAAGGAUAGAUUCCUCAACGGAUUAAAUCUGCAAAAAGAACUUCUCCCCAAGGUAAUACACUUCCGUCCUUAUAAUUCUGAUCAGAUGUUUGAGAUAGUGAAGCAGAAACUGUCUGUUUUCCCCCAAUGUUUUGAACUGUUCCAGCCAAUGGCGAUCAGAUUUGCAACAACAAAGUGCUCGGGUUCCACAGGAGACUUAAGAAGAUUAUUUGACUUGUUGAGAAGCAGCGUGCAAUUAUUCGAAUUGGAUUCUCUCAAGUCAAAUGCAGUUUCCAAUGUAGGAUCUAAGCGAAAGGUCACAAUUGCUCACGUGGCCAAAGCAGUGUCAAAGUUCAUGGGGUCUGCUACCACAAGGGCCAGAAUUGGCCCUCUGAACAUUCAACACAAGAUUGUUUUAUGUUCUCUGGUUCAUAGAGAGAGGUUUGAUCUCCACCAGUGCAUAUGCACCAUUGACGAGGCUUAUGAUUACUACGUCAAACUUCUGAGACGAACCGAAGUUAUGAAGCCUUUGAGUAAAACUGAGUUCCUAGAAAGUUGUAAUAGCUUACAGACUUGCGGAGUGGUCAUAAUAGACUUUUCAAGGAAGCGCAAUAUUCAGUCUGGAUCACAAAAAACCAUAAAGUCAUCAGUAAUUGAAGCGGAACUACAGGAAGAAAUAAGCAAAAUCGAGCUAUUAAAGCGUCUCUUGUAG